UGCAAGAUCAUGUACUACGUUUUUUUUUCGUUUUAAACGUUUUCCCUUUGAUCCUCUUUGAUAAUCCAUGAUUUUUAUUGAUAUCGAGGCAAAAAUGUUCAUAAAUUUCAGUGCGCUUUUGUGGAAAAAUUUAAUUUUUGUCUCCACCACAGCCAAAAUUGCUUGUUUCCUCGUGUUAAUUUUGGAUGAAUGAGUUGAUUUUAAUCUGGCCACUGAUUUGGGUUUGUGAAAACCUCUUUGGAAAGUAGGGGUAGGCUGCGCAGAAAACAAGUCCCCCCCAUCCCAAAUUGCAUAAGAGGACAAGUUAAUUUGUAAUCUGCUUUGAGGAUGUCCCCAGAGCAUGACAUUUUGCAAGAGUCGGGAAUGCAAGAUCGAAGUAUGUUACUACCCGAGGAAACUUCAGUUCCCAAGUCACGAAAAAAGAAACCCUCAACCCAAAAGUCUUCCAUGUUUCAACAAGGGAAUAAUGUGAAAGGAUUUCAAGAAAUGCUGCCGCCUCUUCCAGCUCAAACAGGAAAAAAAACCUCCAAAAGAGGGUUGAAGAAUGAAGUUUCUCCAUUGUUCCAACGCCCUGAGACCUCACCUUCAGAUUCAUUGCCGGAUUCAUCCUCAUCUGGAAAUGAGUACCGAGCACUGAGACGAAAAUAUUUGCUGCUAGAAGAAGAAAGCUUUGGUUUGGGGAGAGAGUUGAGAGAAGUUGAAGAUGAGGUCAAAACCCUUGAACAGGAGAAGCUUGCACUCUUAGAUGAGCUUGUCGUGCUAGAAGGCCUAAUUGAUCCUUCAGAGUUACGGUCCCAGGGCCAGCGUCUACCGUAGACCCCACCCCAUGUUAACGUGAAUGCAUGGAUGUUUGUGAAAUAUGUUAAUAGCCAAGUUCUAUACAACCAUAAGAGGUUGGAUCCUUGCGUGGUAAUUGCCCAUUAUCAAGUUUUCGCCAGUUUGUGCACUUGUGUAUGUAGGAGCUCUCCUUUCUAAAAUGCUUGUACUAGAAAGUCCUUGUAAUCGUUUACACAGACAGUAUCAUUAAGGAGAACAAAACAUUCAGCAAUAACACAGAGAAAAAGAAAAUAAUGAAUUUGGUUA